GUUGAUGACGUCUAGAUUCUUGCGACGGUUUUCGCGUACUCGUCACGUGUGUUUUGGAAACGCGACCUGCACUGUGGAUGUUAUAUCCUAUAUUGAAGCGACUGUAAUAACGUUUGAAUAAUUAUGUCGUUUAUGGAGGACGAAGUAUCAGACAGUGCAGUGGAGUCGCGCUCGCGGUUGGAAAGCUAUGUGUUCAGUUGUGAGUUGUCUUCCGAAGUUCCAUUUUACACAUUUCAAGCAGAUGAAGAUGACGACGUGGAACAUUUUCUCGAACUUAGAACGAUUUGUCUGGGUGACGGUGCCAAAGAGGAGAAUAAUGUUGUGGAAGUGACCGCUAUGAAUCACCAAGGAAAGAAAAUAUCAGUGCCGGUAGCUAAUCUCAACAUUUCCUGCCUGCCUAUGGUAAGCCUUGGGGAGUUUGAGUUGAUGGCUCCUGUCACACUACGCCUGAAAUCUGGAACUGGACCCGUGACCGUCAGUGGGUUACAUUUAGUUGCCACAGAAAACGAAGAGUCUGAAUUAUCAGAUGAAGAUGAUGACGAUGAUGAUGUCAGUGUGGAGGAAAUGCCCUCAGUCAAACCAGCCAAGAAAAAGCAGAAAGCUUAAUUAGAGAUGUUUACACCAGACCUUUAUAUGUUUUAUACAGUAUUAGACUUAAUGCUAGGGUGACCAAACGUGCCAUUUUCCCAGGACACGUCCUGACCAGGAUUUCUAUAUUGCCUAAAAUAUCCAGGUUUUGGCUUUGGUUUCCUGUUUUCAUACUUAAUGAAGGUAAUGAUCGUUUGACCAAUAACAUGCAGACAUUGUACGUAAUCGACCAAUCGUGGUGCAUGAGAAGAUGGGAUCUACAGAGAACGGUCACAGCGAUGCAGAUACGUGUACAUAUUAGUGUUGGACUUGAAGCAGCACUGAGCAAACCGACCG